AUGGAUAAACACUACCGCAUCGUCAAGACAGUCGAGAGCUCCGGAGCAGGCGCGUCAAGUGAUAUGCACGAAUUCAGAUUGACACCAUAUUCUAACGGCACAACUGCGCUCAUGACCGUCUAUCAACCGCGAAUGUACGACCUGACAACAAAUCCCAAAUUCCAGAUCAAGGACGGCAUGGGCUGGAUUGUUGAAGGUGUCUUCCAAGAGAUCGAGAUUGAUACUGGCAGAGUGGUAUUCGAGUGGAGGAGUACGGAUCAUCUCGAUCCUAGCUUGACCUACACAUUCCCAGCACGAACAGACACUUCAGGAAAUGGAUUGACGGAAAACACUCCUUGGGAUUAUUUCCACAUCAACUCUGUCGACAAGAACCGGGACGGCGACUACAUGAUCUCCGCUAGACACAUGGCUGCAAUCUACAAGCUUUCUGGCGUCGACGGAUCCAUCAUGUGGGAGAUGGGCGGCGCAAACCCAACUUUCCACCAGACCAACUUCAACUUCUCUUCUCAGCAUCACGCUCGCUGGGUCAGUGAGAACGAGACACACACAAUCCUGACUUUCUACGACAAUGCCAGUAACGGCUUCAACAGGACAGACAAGUUCUCUCACGGUUAUCUUGUUUCGAUCGACCAUAUCGCAAACACCGCAACCAUGAUCAAGCAGUAUGGCGCACCUGAGCCUUCUGGAGGUAUGCUUUCUGGGUCUCAGGGCAACAUGCAGAUUCUUCCUAAUGGUAACGUUCAUCUUGGUUGGGGCGAGCACCCAUACUUCAGUGAGCACACCGCCGAUGGAUCAGCCGUCAUGUACGCGAAAGUCGCAUACCGCGCUAGCAAUGUCAUGAUCUACCGCUCACACAAGUUUCCUUGGGUCGGCCAGCCCUUAACCAAGCCAGCUCUAUGGACAUACUCAAAGACCAACGACGAGAAAUCUGGCAUGGUCUUCUAUGUGUCCUGGAACGGAGCAACUGAAGUUGCGUCCUGGAACUUCUACGCCAGCGCAAACAGAACCGGCCCAUUCAGUUUGGUUGGAAACACCAAGAAAACUGGCUUCGAGACUGUGAUGCGCUACAACAAUGUCACAACAUGGGGGUUCGCUGAGGCUUUGGACAAGGACGGGAAUGCGCUUGAGCGCAGCGUCAUCCAAAAGACCUUUGUGCCCAGUGCCACACUUCGCGAUCACUGCGAUGAGUGGGCUUGCGGCAGGGCAGAGCCGAUCCGUGACGAGGACGCCCACUACGAUCCUUACAGCCAAGUCAAACCUGAAUAUCUCAGUAACAAUCGCGGAUAUGAUACGAGCGCAUAUUAUGCCGAGUUACCAGAAACAGCUGAGCAGGAUGCUGCAGAAGCAAGAAUACAGCACCAGCAAGCCGCAAGGGCAAGAAUGUUGGUGGGUGUUCUUUGCGUGACCGCCAUAGUCGGGUUUGUCAUCAUUGCGUUGAUUCUCGUCCGCAAGCAAUUGUCAGGCGCAAUGCCUAUCUCCUUCGUCAGGAGGGUGUCUGAUGUCAGGGAUGCCAUCAGCAUCAGACUGCUGGGCAAAAAAUAUGUACAGGUCGAUGAAGAGGAGAAAUACUCUGACCGAUCUUGA